CCCACCCACCCAAUCAAUCCUCUCAGCCUUACGCCCGUCGAUCGAGUUCGUUCCACCCCGAGAACCCGAUCUGAUCGUGAUCUGAUCAUUCGGCAGGUAGCAUCCGUGGAUCGUGGAGCCCUGUAACCAACUACGUCAGAGACAAUUUGACUCGGAUCCAAACUUCUGCAUCGUCCUUCCCAGAGUUUAACCCUACACUACCCUUUCUUCAGGCCAGUUCCUUUUCAUGUCAUCAUCCCGCCGCCGCCCUCUCGCUCUCUUUCCUUUCUCUUCGCAUCUCCAGGAUAUGACUGUCGCCGUUGAGAGUCAUCAUCUACCACUCCCCGACGUUAUCUUAUCAUGGCCACUGUCGAACAGCCUCCUGUUCAGCGCAUCCCGCGUUCCCGGUCAGCCCGGUUAGCAGAUCAAGCUGCGACAGCUGCGCUUUAUGUGACGCACCCAGAGCGCAGGCUAUCCAUCCGUGAACCCGCGGCGACAGCCGAUACCGAACAACUCAGCAUCAAAGCGACAGGGUCCCGUCCCAGCUUCAGUCAUGCCUCGGCGGUCGCUGCUCUGACCCAUGCUAGGAAUAGACAACUCGAGAAGCAGGCAAUUCCUGACGUUCAGGCCCAUCGAGGCUCGUUGGAUGGAACCAGCGAGCAUGGUUAUAAGGCUGCGUUGCAUGCCGUCCGAGAGGGUCGCCCCUCCGGAUCAGUCGACCUGGGCAGAGGCAUGUCGGUGACAGACCAAAGGGUCGAAGCCCAGCGUGGUCCAGCCCAGAAGGGAAGAGCCAUAAAUGCUGCAUCGGGGGCCUUCAAGAGCAGGAACAGGGCUGACUCUGCACCGUCUGACGCGCCGCGUCGCGUGUCGUUCGCUGAAGAUAGCGAGGCUCCUGGUGACAUCGGUCAUUCGAUAGGAGUAGGUAAGCUCGAUCGAGUGGCGAGUAACAACGCCCGGCUGUAUACUGCUUCUCCGCCUGUCGCUCCCGAGGUGGAAGAGCAGCGCAAGAAAAGCGUCGUGCAGGCCGCUGCGAUAUCAAUGGCGCAGGAGAUGUACCAGAUUACAGGACCAACGGGUGAGGGCGGGACUGGAGCGCCUCGGAAACAAUCCGGACCGUUGCAGCAGGCGAUAAAUCUGCAGGAGACGGCUCAGAGGAUUGCUGCAGAGAAGUUGGCUGCCAUGCAGGAUGAUAAUGCACUCUAUCGAGAGUACUAUGCUAUUAAUAAGGAGGAAGCCCGUUCCGACAUUCCAACGCGGAGGCGGAGACUCUCUGUGGAUUCGGACAGCACCUCGGGGUUCGACGUGGACCGGUCCAGGGAGAUCAGAUUUCAGAUGUCCAGUCUGCGGUCGAGACUCGACGCAGUGGACGAAAAGCGAGAGACUGACCGGUCUAUGCUACUGGAAGCUGCGAGGAGAAACGUGGACGCAAAAAUGAGGGAUAUGGAAAUGCGUGUCUAUGCUGAAACCGGCCGUGCGCCGCCCUCCAUGCAGAGAGAGUGGGAGGAUGCGGCCCUGAUGCGUGCCCGAAAGGAUGUCCUGGGCGGAGAGACCGAGUCGAUCUACGCAGACAAAGUCGAUCUCGGGGCCAAGAAGUACAUGGAUAUGGCCGAUAUUGAGGCCGUUGCCCGCUCGAGGUUGCAGCCCACCCUGAACGAAAUCACAGAUCGUGCGGAGGGCCAGAGGGCCAGGGAGUUGGAGAAACGCCUGGAUGAAGAAGAAAGGGAAAGAUAUGAAGCCAUCUACCGCGAGCGCGAGGCCGAGCUGAGAGCCGAAGAAAAAGAACAGAAAGCCUAUAUGAAAUACAACUCGAAGAACAUGGAGGAGAAAUCUUGGCCAUGGAGGAGAAAAUCCAGACAAGACGAGCAAGCAGCCUUCGCUUCCGGUGCAGUCUCAGGGUAUGGUGGCGCGGAGGCUAAGUCCGAGUCCAAGUUCAAAUCCUGGUUUAGGGGCAAGCGUGGUUCCCGUUCUAGCGUGACCGCGCCUGAUACUUCGAGGGAGACUGGACCGGCACAGGAGCCAGUCUCGAGCGCCGUCGGUGGAGAGAACCCUAUUGAAAAGACCACCGAAGAGCCCGCUGCCGGUAGAGAGAACCCUGUCGAAAAAACCACCGAAGAGCCCGCUGCGCCAGUCCGGAAGGCUUCUGAAGGUGCCGAGAGCGCCCAGAAUGCGUCUGCACGACAAGCCGCUGCCGUGACUGAAGGUCCUUCUGCCACUGAAGAGACGACCGAGACUGCUGAAACCACAGAGGCCCCCAAGGAAUCCAUCGAGGCCCCCAAAGAAUCAACCGAGAGUGCCGCAGACGAGUCUCGGCGCGCGGCGCUUCGAUCGCACCCCGUGACUGCCGACGAAUUGACUGAUAUGCAGACGCGGCGGAUGUCGUCCGUCGACGAGGAUCAAGCGCAAGCCAUGGCCCAGAAAGCACAGCAGAAUACGGCGGACCACGCCAGCGACAAGCCCUCAUCGCGACUGAAGUCCAGGCUCUCCAGAAUGCUCUCGGGGGGAUCCUCGGGAUCGGGACUGGACGAGUCAGUCAAGGGUUACAACGAGGACGCCCAGACCGAUGGCCAGAAAGGCACUCCCAGAUAUGCUCAUGCCGUACCUGACGAGAGAGAACUUCUCCGCGAGAGUGCCACCGACCAAGGCUUGCCCGCUCCUGCUGCUGGGAAGAAUAUGACCAAUGGCGCUGGACGGGAGUCGCGAUUCUCAGAGGAUUUGUAGUCAACCAUUCGCUCAUCUUGUUUCUUUUCUUUUCAUUUUUUCUCCUUUUUUUGCCCGUGGAUAUUGGGGAGGGUGUAUCUAUGGUUUUAGUUUUUCACUCUGUCUGAAUGGCAAUCAUGCCAGAGAGUAUUGAUGUUAUUGUUCUUGUCGUCGUUCUUAUCAUCAUUACUGUCUUCAUGAUAUUGUACAUUAGUAGUAAUACUGCCUAAUAGGAUGCAUGUUGUCUG